AUGGUUACGAAUCAAAUUACAGAUCUGAACCCACAUAAAAAAUACGAAUUUAGUUAUCGUGAGUAUUGCAAAAAAAUCCUUUUAUUUUCAAUAUUCAAAUUCAACAAUUUUCAGCCAAGGCUAUGCAAAAUAAUUGCAAAUAUCGAUAUAAAGCUAAGAAACGUUCUCCAAUUGAAUAUCUUUUGGAAGACAUUCAAAAAAAUCGACCAGAACAGACGAAAAUAUUAGAAAUUAAAGGAUAUCUGGUACAGUGUUGAAAAAAGUUAAAGACCAAAAAUGAUUUUUCAUUUUUUCCAGAAUGAAGCUGGAAUCGAUUCAGAUAGAAAGAAGAAAUUGGAAGAAUAUGUUGAUUUGUUGGAGAAAAGACUUGAAAGAAAAAAUAAUGUGGAGGAAUUGAAUCAAUAUUUGACAGGAUUCCCAAAAAUAUUAGAAAGGGGAGAUCAGUAAGUUAUAUUUGGCGAAUAAAUAUCAGGGUUUUCAAUUGCCUUCAUGUUCAGCGAAUCGAUGAUUUUUCAGAUUCUGCUUCUUACAUCAUAUGAAAGGUGAAUAUAUGGAAAAUUUCAUUUAUGAAAAUGGAUAUGAUCCAUUUAUAAAUGGUCAUGCUGCAAAUGGUCAAAUGGGAUAUAUUAGUAAAAAAGAUGGAGAACAGAAAUUAUUAUUUGGAGAUAGAGAUAAAUCGAGACAAAAAUGUCGAAAAGAAACUAGAGAACAUACUGGAAAUAGUGGAUCAUGUGUUAGUUAUCCGGAAUUGUAUGAUAAGAAAGAAUAUCAACAAACUACUGAUGAUAUAUUCAAAAAUAUGAUUAAAAAAUAG